AGAAAGAAAGAAAAAAACGUAAAAGGAAAGAAAGAAUGAAGUUACGUGUGACGAUAUUUCUGAUGGUUGUAUGUUUAUACACCGAAAAUGUGAUAGGAGGAUCGGUGUUUAUCUAUAACAACCUGCCCCACGGACACUAUUUACAAGUGAAAUGCAAAUCUGGAGACACCAAUCUUGGUUUCCACGUGAGACGGCCCGGUCGGUUUUACAAUUACGCUUUCACUGAUCAUAUACUUGGAAAAACGCUUUAUUGGUGUCAUCUAUGGAAAGGUAAAAACUGGGAGGAUCAUGUGGUGAUCGUUGCCUACGAAAGUAGGGAUUUGCCUCAUCGCGACAAUUGGGUGAGGUGGUCGGCCAGGGAAUCUGGCAUCUAUCAAAAUGUUAACGGUGAGGAGAGAUUCCGUUUCAGGUAUAAUUGGGAUGGUCACGUUUAAAUUUGGGUUUCAUUGUUAAUUAUGAUUCCCCAUCUAAUUAUUAUGUAUAUUACUGUAAUAUAAUUCCUACUAAUGUUGUUAUAUGUUCUCUUUGAUUCGAUGAAGAUGUAAGAAUCAGAUAUACCUACAUAUUUUAGAAAUUAUGUACGUGUCUCUGUUAAUUAUUAUUUUAAAUGAUAGAUUACUACUUCAAUCUAAUUUUAAUUAAUUUUUGAAUUAGACAAAAGUAUAAAUAUAUA